CAUUUUUGUCAACUUUUCUCGCGUCUAUAAUUUAAUAAUUUCCUUCAAACUAUUGAUCAUGUAGAAUUUGUCUGACCCUAUACUUAAAAACUCGCCAUGUUGCCUGAAGAAUCUACUUAACCUAUGAGCCCCCCAAUAUGCUUUAUACCUCCUCUGCUACUCUUUGGUGUUGAGUUGGUGUGCGUUUUUAGUGUUUUUGUGUGUGAUAUAUACACACACAUAUACCUCCUGAAUACCUUAUAGGUAAAACUCAGCGUAGUGUCAUGUGUUAUUAGUGUUUAUAUGUGUAUAAAUUAUUUAUGACCAUAUAUAGUUCUCAGGAACCAAUAACGUCAUAAGAUCUUUGUGUCUGUGUUGGUGUGUGUUCUUGGUGUUUGUAUGUGAAUGUUUUUGAGCUUUGACCAAAUACAUGGCUCUAAUGGUGCUGAAUACUUCAUUCAAAGGCUUGUUCUUCAUGACAUCAUGCACCUUGAUUAUUUUGAAAGUUACCUUCUUUUUCAUUACAUUUAUUCCUUCAACCUCAAAACUGCCAAUACACGACCAUGAUUAUCUUCAUUCCGAUAUGAAACCCCCAGUUGAUCAAUCUGCCAAAAGCUUUAAUCCUGACAUCUUUACUCAUAGCCAGUAUGAGGAUGUUGUUCGGAUAUUGCACGAAGAACAACCGACCUCCACCUACGUUGAUGGCAGCAAUGGUGGCGGAAAUUCACCGGAGGUGACUGGUCCUCCAUGGCAAAGAGGAAGUGGACAACAUUCCAUGGUAAAUACAAGUCAAGCGGUGGUGCAUGAGGGGGGUCAACCAUCAGCUGGAAGUUCUAAGCCCUCAAAAAAAGGAAAGGAUUUGAACAACAUAGAGGUGUACCAUGACAAAGACAUCUUUUUAGAGAACUACAAACACAUGAACAAAAGUUUAAAAAUCUACAUCUACCCACACCAAAAAACCGACCCAUUUGCCAACGUCCUCUUGCCCGAAACCCGUAGUUCUCCAGGUGGCAAUUACGCUAGCGAAAGCUUCUUCAAAAUUGCCCUCUCAUCGAGUCACUUCAUUACACAUGAUCCAGCCGAAGCAGACCUCUUUUUCUUGCCUUUUUCUAUUGCAAGUAUGAGACACGACAAAAGAAUAGGAGCGGGUGGCAUCAAAAACUUCAUCAAAGACUAUAUUUCAACAAUCAGGCGUGAGUACCCGUUUUGGAACCGUACAGGUGGCGCUGAUCAUUUCUAUGUUGCAUGUCAUUCUAUUGGAAGGACUGCAAUGGAUAAAGCACCCGAAGUUAGAAUCAACGCGAUUCAAGUUGUUUGUUCUUCAAGUUACUUCUUGCAAGGAUACAAUGCACACAAAGAUGCAUCAAUACCACAAAUAUGGCCAAGACCAGGCAUCCCCCCUAUCCGACACCCGUCUGAAAGGGAAAUGCUUGCGUUUUACGCGGGAGCGAUGAAUUCGAGGGUACGUGAAUCGUUGGUUAGGACAUGGAUGAAUGAUACAGAGAUUGGUGUUCAUAAAAAACGACUUAAAACACCUUACUCAGAUUCACUACUUGGAAGCAAGUUUUGUAUUCAUGCGAAAGGGUUUGAAGUGAACACGGCUCGUAUAGGUGAUGCAAUCUAUUAUGGAUGUGUUCCUGUUGUGUUGGCGGAUCAUUAUGAUCUGCCAUUUGCAGAUAUAUUGGAUUGGAGUAGGUUUUCAGUUGUUGUUUCGACGGAAGAUAUUCCAUUUUUGAAGAGGAUACUCAAGGAGAUUGUUGAUUCUGAUGAGUAUGUGAAGCUGCAGAAGAAUGUGUUGAAGGUACAAAAUCACUUUCAAUGGCAUCGAAAGCCGAUAGCUUUUGAUACAUUUUAUAUGGUGAUGUAUGAGUUAUGGGUACGUAGAAGUUCUAUUAGGAUUCGUUCGCUUAACGAGUGAUAUUUUCAAAAUAUUGUGUCUUUGAAAAAUUUAAGAAAAUUAAAAAUUAAUUUGUAUAUAAAAGCCAAGGAGGGUCCUUCAAAAUGUCCC